AUGUCGCCCUUUGAACACCUCCCUACAUCUACAACCGCUACUACCUCCAAGCAGGCCUCCUCCACCGAGUCCAACGAGUCUGCUGACUCCUCUUUCCCCGAUCACAUCCAGUCGCUAUUAACCAAGUACGACGUUACGACCAACGGGUUCCUUCCAGAGGGACCACCGCUCGAGGUACUGCCUGGCGAGUACUACACGCCAUGGGAAGACCUCAUCAGACGGUUAUCGGAGUCGCUCGAUGCUGGAACGUUUCGAGCAGAGGUUGAUCGCUUGCCGGUUUUGCAAACGGAUCGAUUGAUGAGGGAGGAAGAGUGGAGGAGGGCGUAUGUGGUGCUGUGUUUCUUUGCGCAUGGGUAUAUUUGGGGUGGGAGGAGACCGUCUGAGAUCCUUCCCGCGCCAAUUUCUGUCCCACUCCUUUCUGUGUCCAAACACCUCGACUUGCCUCCCAUAGCGACGUAUGCAUCGCUCAACCUAUGGAACUUUCGAUGUGUACCUCCCCCAUCUUCUUCACUUCCUCCUUCUCCUCCAGCGACACCCGCUUCCUCUUCUUCCCCUUCUCCAUCUCUCACCACCUGCAAAACCGCCGCCGCCAAAACACCCAAGGUAUUCGACCCAACAGACCUAUCCCGCUUACAAACCCUGCACACCUUCACCGGCACACCUUCGGAGUCCUGCUUCUACCUCGUCUCCGUAGCAAUGGAAGCCCAAGGGGCAUACAUCAUCCCCAUCAUGCUACGCGCGCUACAAGCCAUCGGUCUACGCGCCGAAGCAUGGAAGGAGUCGACAACCAAGGCGUUGCGGGAGUUGGUACGCUGCGUGCAAGCUGUGGGGGAGCUGUUGGAGCGGAUGUAUGAGGGGUGUGAGAGUAUGGUGUUUUAUCAUCGGAUUAGACCUUAUUUGGCGGGGAGUAAGGGGAUGAAUAGUACCUCUAUGGGGCUGGGGAGGGGGGUGUUUUAUGAUUUGGGGCCUUUGAGUCCUGCUGGUUCUGAGAGAAAGACAGGGGAGAAAGGGGAAGAAGGGGUAGAGGGAGAAGAGGUGCAAGGACAAAAGAGAAAAGGAAAAUGGAUGGCAUACAGAGGCGGGUCGAACGGACAAUCGUCGCUUAUCCAGUUUUGGGAUCUGGUGUUGGGGGUGGAACAUGUUAGUGCUGGACACUCUUCUCCUCAUGGACAGGCUUCGCACCCUUCCCAAUCAGACACCAUGAAGGAGAAAGAAAAACCCUUCCAUGAGGAAGUAAGGGAGUACAUGCCACUUAAACACCGACAAUUCCUCACCCUGGUAUCAAAGAUGGGAUUGGGAAAAGGAGGAAUCAGAAAAGCAGUCAUGGAGAUGGUGGAAGCCGCAGAGCACGAGGGGAGGGAGUUGGACGAUAAGGAAAAAGAAUUGCAGGGUGCGUUCACCGAUGCGACGAGGGCGUUGGCCGGGUUCAGGAAUAAGCAUUUGCAGAUUGUCGCGAGGUAUAUCGUCAUUCCUUCGAGGCAGGCGGUGCCGGAGGGGAGUAAGAGGCCGGGGGCAUCUCUGGGGGAUGGAAAAGUGGGUGGAGGCAAAGAUGGGCAGGUGGUGAAUUUGGCGACUGCUAGUUCGGGGUUGUCGCAGGGGAAUGAUGACAAGAAGAACGAAGGACCGGAACUGACGGGCACCGGAGGGACAGCGUUGUUGCCGUUUUUGAAGCAGACGAGGGAUGAGACGUUGAAGGCGGGGGAAGUUGGAAGGUGA